CAAUUAAUUUGCUUACAUGAACAUUCGGAUGAAACAAUGCAUUGCCUGUCUUUGGGAGGAAAUUUCAGUAAUCUGGUUUGCUGUCACAUUCUUUUAAAGUUUCUAGUAGUGAGUCGAGAGAGCAUCUCAUGUAGUACUACUUAAUUAAUUACUUCACGUCACGCUUCAUUCUUACAAUUCGUAGUUUGUCUUUGUUUGAUCUUUUGUCAGUUUACGCAUUUAUAAAACUCCAACCCAAAAUCUCCCAAGUAACAUAACCAACCACUGAGCCACUUAGCAAUUUCUCUUAGGACUUCUUUACCAGCUGCCUAGUGCAAGAAUUCAAAGAAGCUUUUCAUGGAGGCAGAUCUUGUUGGAAAGGCUGAAGCCGAACUGGACUCGAAGAAAUUAGGUAGGCGUUUGGUGUUCUUUCCUGUACCUUUACAGGGCCAUAUAAACCCCGUGAUUCAGCUAGCCAAUGUUUUUCAUUCCAAAGGCUUUAGUAUCACCAUCAUUCACACUGAAUUCAACUCCCUGGACCAAUCAAAAUACCCUGAUUUCACCUUCCACCUGAUCCCGGAUGGCCUGUUGGAGCAUGAAGUUUCUACAUCAGAUGUCACGGUUCUGCUCGCAAAGCUCAACAUCAAUUGUGCGAAUCCCUUACGCCAAUGCUUGGACAGAUUAUUGCAAGAUAAAGGGGAGCCUGUAGCAUGUCUGAUCACUGAUACUAUUUGGUAUUUCACUCAGGAAUUGGCAGACAGCUUCAAUCUUCCUAGGAUUGCAUUCAGGACCACCAGCAUUUGUUCGUUCUUAGCUUUCUAUUCGCUCCCGAUUUUCAGGAAACUAGGAUACCUGCCAAAACAAGAUUCUCAACUGGAAGUGGAAGUGCCUGAGUUUCCACCCCUCAGAGUGAAAGACAUCCCGGCGAUAAAGUCUCGAGAUCCCGAAAAUGUAUUCAGUCUGAUAAGCUGCAUGAUGGAAAAAACGAAGGCAGCAUCAGGGCUGAUCUUCAACUCUUUUGAAGAGCUUGAACAGCAAGAACUGACCAAAGUCGGUGAAGAAUUCCGGAUUCCAACAUUUGCAAUCGGCCCACUUCACAAGUACUUCCCGGCAUCAUCAAGCAGUUUGAUGGAACAAGAUCGGAGUGCAAUUUGCUGGCUGGAUAAACAAGCUCCAAAAUCUGUUAUCUACGUGAGCUUUGGAAGUAUUGCAGAAAUGGAUGAGACCCAAUUGUCAGAAGUGGCGUGGGGAAUAGCCAAUAGUUUACAGCCUUUCUUAUGGGUGGUUAGGCCUGGAUUGGUACAGAACUCGUCAGGUCUGGAGAACUUAUUGCCAAAUGGUUUCUUGGAGGCUGUGAAUGGAAGGGGAUAUAUUGUGAAUUGGGCUCCACAACAGGAAGUAUUAGCUCAUCCGGCGGUUGGAGCUUUUUGGACACAUUCGGGCUGGAAUUCUACACUGGAAAGUAUAUGUGAAGGUGUUCCAAUGAUCUGUUCCCCUUUUUUUGGGGAUCAACUGGUAAACUCUCGAUUUGCGAAUGAUGUCUGGAAAAUUGGCCUGCGUUUGGAAGAGGGCCUGAAGAAAGGGGAAAUAGAAAGGGCAAUCAAAAGACUAAUGGAUGAGAAAGAAAGUGAAGAAAUAAGAAUGAGGGUAUCAUCUUACAAAGAGAAGAUCAAUGCCUGUGUGAAAGAAGGUGGUUCUUCGCAUCAGUCAGUACAGAGCUUCAUUGAUUACAUCUUAUCAAUUUGAUCUUGGGAUUUUCCUUCAUUAUCUUAGCUUAAAUUAUUGUAAACAAUCCCUGCCAUAUAAUUUUUGAAUAAAUAAAAAAACUUGUGAGAUCAACUUGA